UUUAACCCCCUGAGGUUUGAAUCCACUCAGAGUUUGUGCGUGCCAAAACGUGUGUGUGUGUGUGUGUGUGUGUGUGUGUGUGUGUGUGUAUGAGGGAGAGAGAAAGAAAUCUGGCUACUUUCAAACCCCAGGACAGUUUCAGCUCCGUGGUCUCCAGAAAAACAGAAAGCCUCCAACAAUAGCUCCAUUGACUUUUAUGUAAAUGGCACUCCUCAGGAAAACACUGGGCUAUUUCCCAAAGUCCCAGAACGUACCCUGAACAUUUGUUUGAGUGGGAGGUGGGGAGACAGUUCUGUUGAGUCAAUGAACAUCUGUUGAGAGCUGCUGUGCUGGGUCCCAGGAGACAGCUCAUAGUCUGGCUCUUACCUGCCAGAGGUACAGACAGAGAUUUACCAUACUAGGCAUGCGUGCUUGUGGUGGCUUUGUACUGUGUCCACUUAGCUGAGCUGGAACCGAGUUUCCCAGGAUUCCCUUUCUGUAUGGUUCUAGUUGGGGUUGACCUCAAGAAAAUUUUGUGCAAGAUUUGGAAAACUGAAGUGAAGUAGCAGCCAGUACACUGUGAAGGAUACCGGGCAUGGUGGCAGUGCAUACCUUUUGACACUGAUCUGCUGUCUCACCUUGGUAGUGCAGGACAGCACCCAGGCCUGCAGCUCCCUAACUCCUGCCGAAUCUCCUCCUUCAGCUGCUCUGAGAGUCCUAGGCUAGAUGUACGUUCAGCUCUGUGGCAAAGGGCCUUUGCUUCUCCUGCAACUCACUGGAAUCAGUGAGCUUGGAGACAGUGAACAGAAGUCGAUUUGUUCUCACAGGUUCCAGUUCUUUCUCUCUUCCACUACACAGGCAGCUUUCCUUCCCAACUGCUGGCCUCACCGACUUACAGAGACUUCAGGCCUAAUAUCAGAUGCAGAAGUGACAGAGUUGUGUGGAUUUCUCCAUCAACUUCCUAAUUGGACAAGUUUCAGUGGGGUUGCUUCUGAGGAUCUCCAGUCUCUACAUACACAUGCCAGCCUUGUUUUAGCUGGGAGACCUAGAGGAGUUGGGCUAGAGCUACACUAACAGAUAGACCAUGGCCCUGAGAGCAUGUGGCUUGAUCAUCUUCCGAAGAUGUCUCAUUCCCAAGAUGGACAACACUGCGAUUGAAUUUCUACUGCUGCAGGCAUCAGAUGGCAUUCAUCACUGGACUCCUCCCAAAGGCCAUGUGGAACCAGGAGAAAGUGACUUGGAAACAGCCCUUCGGGAGGCUCAGGAAGAAGCAGGCAUAGAAGCAGGCCAGCUGACCAUCAUUGAGGGAUUCAGAAGGGAGCUUAAUUAUGUGGCCAGGGAGAAGCCUAAAACCGUCAUCUACUGGCUGGCGGAGGUAAAGGACUACGACGUGGAGGUCCGUCUCUCCCACGAGCACCAGGCCUAUCGCUGGCUGGGGCUGCAGGAGGCCUGCCAGUUGGCUCAGUUCAAGGAGAUGAAGGCGGUGCUCCAGGAAGGACACCAGUUUCUCUGCUCCACAGUGGUCUGAACUGACCAGAUCAGGGUCUUUUGCCUCCGUAGGAUCCUUGAGGGCUUCUGAGGUGAACUACCUUUGCUUCCAGGGAAGCCUGUGCUGGUCUUUGGCUCAUUAUAGCAGAUUGCAGACAGGCUGGUAAAAUCAGCUGAGGACCCUCAGAGAAGAGCAAGCAAAAAUCUCAGCUGGGUGGAAAGGAAGGGAAAGGAGUUUUAAAAAAAAAAAAAUGGCCAAGCCCAGUGAGUGCAUCCUUAUACUUUAUGAAUAAACCUCAAGCAGCUUAUCUCUCCUUCUAA